GAUUAGGAAGUCAAUAGUUAAAGAGAAAAAUGUCAAUAAAAUCCUUGUCUCAAAGUCUCAAACCAUUAGCUGCCAUCAUUUUAUUGCAAUUUUGCUAUGCAGGAAUGACCAUACUUUCCAAGUUUGCUCUAAACAAAGGAACUAGCCCCUAUGUCUUGGGAGUAUAUCGCCAUGCUAUAGCCUUUGCUGUUAUUUCUCCUUUUGCCGUUGUGUUGGAAAGGAAAACUAGGCCAAUGAUGAGCUCUUCUGUCUUCGUAAAGAUCAUAUUCCUCGCCUUAUUAGAGCCUGUCAUUGGUCAGAACUUGUUUUACACUGGGAUGAAGUUCACCACAGCAACUUUUGCAAAUGCCCUGUGGAAUAUUGUUCCUGCAUUCACAUUUGUAAUGGCUUGGAUUUUCAGGCUUGAGAAGGUUGAUAUUGGAAGAGUUCAUAGCCAAGUAAAGGUGUUGGGAACCAUAGUGACUGUUGGGGGAGCUAUGGUCAUGACUCUGGUCAAUGGUCCCGUGUUGAGUUUUCCGUGGACCAAAGCGAAAGGCAGCCACCAUGCAGCUUCAAAUGAUGGGAAUUCUGUCAAGGGUGCUCUAAUGAUCACAAUGGGAUGUGUGUCCUCUUCUUGUUUCUACAUACUUCAAGCCAUUACACUGAAAGCAUACCCUGCUGAGAUCUCUCUAACAGCUUUGAUAUGCCUGAUGGGCGCAAUCGAAGGCUCUUUCGCCGCCUUAGCAUUGGAGUGGCACAACCCUGCAGCCUGGUCCAUACACUUCAAUUCCAUGUUAUUAGUUGCUAUUUACAGUGGAAUAGUUUGUUCAGGGUUUGGAUACUAUGUUACGGGAAUGGUCGUAAAGGAAAGGGGACCUGUUUUUGUCACUUCUUUUCUUCCCCUAAACCUGGUUAUUGUUGCAAUAUUGGGCUCCUUUAUUUUGUCAGAUAUGAUGUAUUUGGGCAUGGUUAUUGGAGCAGUUCUCAUUGUAGUAGGCUUAUACAUGGUUCUGUCGGGCAAGAGCAAGGACCAUCUUAUAUCUGAAUCAAGCGACCAAGUGUUGGAAACAAAGAAUGAACACUACUCGACUGUUCUGAGUGAGAAUAAAAAGAUUUCAAGUCAAGAGAUUGUGGCCGUUGAUGGUGCUCGAGGAAGAACUGGAAAUGAAUCCGUUUGAAAUUAUUAUGAACUUUAAUUUCUUCUUCCUUUUGUCCCGUACGUGACAUUAAACAACUUCUUUCAAUCCAAAAGCUUG